CAGAGAUGAUGACGAAUUUUGGUAAUAGUCAGACGCGAUAGUGCGUCAAUUUUUUCGGAAAAAUAACUAUUAAAUAGUGUUCCGUUCGCGUUUAAACGACGAUAACGGACAACGAGAAGAUUGAAAACACCAUUAUGGUUGAUGGAGGCCAACAGUUGCAAGACUCCAGACGAAAUUAAAGAAGAGGUAUAAAUGCUUAACGUUCAUCAUUAUGGUUAUCGAGAAACACGGUUCAGCAUGUCCGGCACUUUGGUUAAAUUAGGCAGCGUACCAAUUGUACCGCAGUCUUAACGGUUUAGUAACAUCUUUGGUUUCAUUCGGUAAAAUCCUUGGUUGUAAAAAUUAUCUAGAACCAUGGUUACCUCAUACCCUUGUUAUCACUUAUUAAAGUGAAGCAACCAUCUCGCCAUGCAAUUACUGAUUACGCGUUUCCAUGAUCUAUGAAUUCAAUAGUUAAACCAUAUUUAUUGAAUAAUUAUCUGUCCAAUUCGAUCUCCCAUCAAUCAAAUCAAUGGCAAACUGGUGUUAAGUAACGAAUAAUUUUUACCUAAUUCUCAGACGAAGCCGAUUAAAUUCAAUAAAACAAUCAUGAGCUCUGCUGAUGCGUUGUUAAGUCAAUGUGUUUUGAAACCAGGAUUUCAAAAGAAUUACAAGGUACCAGUAAAUGACAAGAGCUCAAAAAUUAUCAAAAGAGAUAAAAAGAGGCAAGAAGCUAAAACUAAAGGAAAAAAUUGGUUUGAUUUACCAGCUACUAAAUUAACAGACAGUGUACGACAUGAUCUUGACUUAAUCCGUAUGAGAUCUGCAUUAGAUACUAAACGUUUUUAUAAAAAGAAUGAAACUGAAGCUUAUCCUAAAUACUUUCAGAUUGGUACAGUUGUAGAUUCACCAUAUGAAGGUAAAACCGGUCGUCUUAUCAAUAAAGAACGGAAACGUACAAUGGUUGACGAACUUUUAGCGGAUGUAAAAUUUAAACAUAGCACUAAAAAACGGAACAGGAAUAGAUCUAAUCCUAAAUUGACAGCUAAAAUUAAAAGAGAUAAUAAGAAAAUGAAAAAUCUAAAAAAGAAGAAAAAGUAGUAAUACUAAAGGAUAAGUAUAUCUUGUAUAUUCAUUAUAUUAUAUUUUGUUAAAACUAAUUUUUUUUGCCUCAUAAUUCAACUAAUAUUUUGUA